AAGUAAAAUAAGAAGAAAAUCGUGGAGUAGUGAAGCCUUGUUUUACUUUUCGUGUCAUGAGUGUUAUCAGAUUUGAUGACUGACUGUUGGAUAAAGAAUUUCUAUGGUUAUUCUGUUUUCAUGAUUAUUAUUUUUUCUACUAAUUGUUUAUUCGAUAAACUUAUAGUGCAACAAAUGAGAUCUUAAUAAAACGGAAGAAGGAUAUAGAAGCGUUAGGAUACAGAGUUAAUGUGUGUAAACAUAAUGUGAAGAAUAUUCUAUAAUCAUUUAUCAACGGAAAUUCAUAUCGUGUGUAAAAUAUGUCGACUAAUACUUUGAGAAGGUCUUCGCGAAUAAAAUCUGUCGUCAAAUACAAAAAUGAUAGCGACACGGAAACGUCUAAUUCUGUACUAGAUAAUACAUUGGAAGCUGAAAUAGAAGAAGAACUGAAAGAUAUACAAGAGGAGACACAGAAACCACUUGAAUUAUUUUCUGAGAAGGAUGUGAGUGGAAGAAAAUUAUAUGGAUUUCAAACACCUGUGAAAAAGAACAGUAUGAUGCUUAAAGCCAAUCAGUGUCGUACACCUACAACACCUGUACAUCUAAAAACAAUGUCUGAACUAAAAGUUGUACUGGAUAAAAUUGUGAUAGACAAAAAAACUAAAAAAAUAAUCAUACACAAGAAUGCUGCUGCAAAAGUGAGUCGGAAGCGAUUUUUGCCUAGUGUGAAUUCAAGUGGUAACGAAAGUGUAUCAGAGGACAGUGAGUAUAUUCCUACAGAUGAUGAAGCUAAUUCAGAAUCAGAUGAAAUAUCUAACAGCAGCAGAGAGAGUGAAAGUUUUGAUACUAGUGAGGAAGAAGGCAAUAUUAUGAAGGAAAGAAUAGAAAAAAAACGAGGUAUAGUGCGGAAUACUUUACUAAAACGUGAAGUACAAAAUACUCCCAGACAAAAAACAAAGAAUAGCCGUAAGACUAUUGUUUAUAAAGAUUGUCACAUAAAGACUGAUGAGUUCUUUGAAUCCCAACAAGAAAAAACAAUCACAUCUGAUCGUACACUGGGAAGGCUUCGUAAUACACGCCUUACUGAGGAGAAACUUGGUGAAUUGCUAGUAAAUCAGAAUCAUGUUUCCACAAUACACAAGAAACGUAUUCAUUCAUUAAUAGAAAAUUAUAAAUCAUUCUUUCCAAUGUGGCACUUCAUAAUGGAGGAAGGUUACAGCCUUCUACUUCAUGGUCUGGGUUCAAAAAGGAAUUUAAUUAACGAUUUCCACAAUGAGGUCUUGAGUGAUCAUCCGACACUAGUUAUAAAUGGAUUUUUUCCUAGUUUGGCAAUCAAAGAUAUACUGAAUGAUAUAAUUACGGAAAUAUUGGAUUUGGAUUGCCCAGGAAGUCUCAAUGAUUGUCUAGAGCUUAUUGAAAAAGUUCUGGCAGUUAAUCCAAACGAUCGACUCUACUUGUUAAUUCACAAUAUAGACGGAAUAAUGCUGCGCUCUAACAAAGCUCAAAAUAUUCUCGCUAGUUUAGCAGGCAUUCCGAAUGUUCGGGUUUUAGCAUCCGUUGAUCACAUUAAUGCGCCACUUCUUUGGGAUCAUAUAAAACGUGCGAAAUUCAAUUUCUAUUGGUGGGAUGCGACUACAUUCCUACCGUACCAAGCUGAGACUUCGUACGAGAGUUCUCUAUUAGUUCAACAGAGCGGUACACUCGCCUUGUCCUCUCUGCAGAACGUCUUCCUCUCUCUCACCUCAAACGCUCGAGCGAUUUACAUACUUCUCGUCAAAUAUCAAUUGAACCAUAUUGGUGGUAACUACGCAGGAAUGUUGUUCAAGGAUUUGUAUCAAGCGGCGCGCGAGCAGUUCUUGGUCAGUUCCGACUUAGCGUUGAGAGCGCAGUUGACCGAGUUCAUAGAUCACAAAUUGGUCCGAACCAAACGCAACGUAGAUGGUGCUGAAUAUCUUACGAUACCCCUCGACAAAGGUCUCUUAAAGCAAUUUCUUGAACAACACGAUUCGUGAUUUAUCUAAGAUAUACUCGUAAAAUAUAAACAAAAAAGGAUACGUAAAUCUCUUCGUGAGAUAAUUUAUAAUGAAAGCGUGAAAUGUUUAAGGAGUUCUUGUCGUUUUAUAUAUUUUAAAGCUUCUGACUAUUCGCCACAAAACUCUUGAUUGAUGACGUCAGAAGCAAGAUAACAGCAGCUUUUAUUUUCCAAUUUCUGAAAAUAUAUGGAAAAGAUGCAUCCAUAAAAUGACAUUUGGGAUCGAUCGAGCAGAUUAGUAAAAUUGUUUGGACACUUCUUUUUUAUUUCAACACUCACACUAAAUAACCAUAAAAUGGAGAUCUUGCUUUCAAAUCAUCUUUUUUCAUGAUUUUGUCACAUUCAUUUUAUAGUUAUUAGAAUAAAAAGGGAAGUUUUAGUGUAUUUUAGAGGCAUGUGCUUAAUCGAUCGCAAGUAUCAUUUUUUUCAAUAUAUUUUAUUUUUUGCAGAAAUUCUGAAUGUAUAUCUUGCUUGUUUUCUUAUCAAUCAAGAAUUUCAUAAUAAAUAUCCAGGAGCCUUAAUAUAACUUAAAAAUAACAUUUAAAGCUGACUUAUACACAUUUUUUUAUUAAAAAUUACAUUCUUUAUAAAUAAGAUAUAUUAUUAAAGUAUCAUAAUUUAUGUGUGAUUAGUUUUAAGUGAUAUUAUGGCAAAAUAGUGGCAUCAAUGGGUCUAUUUGUUUUUGAAGAACCUCUGAACUAGUGCAUACUAAUACAACAAAUUAGAGUGAAAAAUAGUAUAGUUGUUUCACUCUAACUUACUGCUUCAGAGUUCAGAUCAUUAAUCAUGAAUUUUUUUCACGUGAACUCAAUCUUAUUAAUUAUGUAAUUUGUUUCUUUAGUAUGAUAUAAAAACUAAAUAAUAUUUCA